CCUUCAAAAACCCUAACCAUCUCUCUCUCUCUCUCUCUCUCUCUCUCUUAAAACCAAAACCCAAUCUCAAGUCAAAAUCAAAAUCCAAAUCCCUCACAAAUUUUCUCAGGAAAAUCCAACGAAUCAAACUGCUAUGGGUUCGAAAUCCAGGGCCGAUAACUCACACUCUGGCGAUGGUGCCAGCCCCGGGAAGAUCUUCAUUGGAGGAUUGCACAAAGAGACAAGCUUUGGGGCGUUUAGGAGUUACUUUGAGAAAUACGGAGAAAUAACAGAUGCAGUGAUAAUGAGAGAUCGGUAUACUAAUCAGCCUAGGGGUUUUGGGUUCGUCACUUAUGCUGAUCCUUCAGUAGUUGACAAGGUCAUUGAAGACACCCAUAUCAUCAAUGGCAAACAGGUUGAGAUAAAGAGGACCAUUCCCAAAGGCCAAGGGCAGUCAAAGGAUUUCAAAACAAAGAAGAUAUUUGUUGGUGGGAUUCCAUCAUCAGUCACUGAAGAUGAGUUGAAGAAUUUCUUUUCCAAGUAUGGGAAGGUGGUGGAACAUCAGAUCAUACGUGAUCAUGAAACUCAUCGUUCCCGAGGUUUUGGAUUCGUUAUUUUUGACAAUGAUGAAGUUGUAGAUGAAAUGUUAACAAAGGGAAAUAUGAUUGAUAUGGCGGGUACCCAGGUGGAGAUCAAGAAAGCUGAACCAAAGAAAGCCUCAAACCCACCACCUGCUCCAGCAUAUGGUAGCAACUCUAGGUCUCGUUCUUUCAAUGAUGGCUUUGGUGGUUUUGGCAGUUCUUAUGGAGGUUUUGAUGGAGGGUUUGGUCCAGGUCCCUAUAGGACUCCAGGAGGUCUUGGCAGUAGGCUUGGUGGUGGUGGUGGUGGUGGAUAUGGUUAUGGCAGUGGUAGUGGCGAAUAUGGUGGUGGUUAUGGGGGUUUUGGAGCCAGUAGCUUAGGUGGCUACCGUAGUGAAUCUUCACUUGGUUAUUCUAGUCGCUUUGCACCUUAUGGUGGCGGUUUUGGUGGCAGUUAUGGAAGUGGUUUAGGUGGAUAUGGUCGAGGGAGUGAAGGCUAUGGAAGUUAUGGAAGUUCAGGCUAUGGUGCUGGUUAUGACUCCGGGCCUGGCGCUAGUUAUGGUGGAGCAGGUGGGCUGUAUGGAAGGGGAGGCUAUAGUGGCACUAGUCGCUACCAUCCCUAUGCGAGGUAGAAUUGAAAGGCACUAGUAUCUUCCCUAUGCGACGUAGAAAUGGAGAGGUUUUCAUGCAGUUGCUUAAUCCUUGCCCUAGAAGUUUCACACAGGCUCCUCUAGUUUUGUUUCUCCUGCAUUCAUAGGCACUUUCUCACAACUACUAAAGGCUAUUACAACUAGUGGGGAAGCUUUGAAGGAUUGGAAGAGUUUUUAUUAGACUUUCUUCUAUUGUAUGGUUUAGACAAACUUAUAGAUUGCUUCAGAGUAGUGCUUGGUGUCUACUAUGGCUGUCAUAUUUUAGUUUAAUUUCAUUUUAGCAUGUUAUGUAGACUAUUAGACUAUAGCUUACUUAUGCAGUGUUUGUUAUCAUCUGCUUUAGUUUGAUCUAGAUAGGUGUUCAUUGUGUUUUAAUAUUUGCCUAGCCUGUUAAUUUACUUUAGCAUUUGGAUCUUUAGAGUGUUUUAAGUAGUUAGAAAUGUCCCUCUUUAUGGCUUAGUUUGGCUUUACCAGGAUCUUGUUCUGGCAUAGGCAGAGAUUAGAUGCAGUGAGUAGUUGCUGUUUGUCAUAAACUAAGAUUGUAUUUGAGUUGUGUUGUGCGAUUAUUGUUCUUUAUUCAAUUAAGUGUGCUGUUGGUGGGUAGAGCAGUUAGGUGUUGCCCUUGUAUUAGCAAAACAGGCAUGUGUUAGAAUCCCAUUUGUGUAAUACAGUUCAAACCAAAACUCUGUGGGGACACCCAUUAUACGUGCAGAUUGCAGAUCUAAUGUCUUCAAUUGUUGGUUAUGCGCUCAACAGCAGUGUCAAUUAGACAACUUUUAUGUAAGUUAACCAUAUGGGUAAAAUACUUUACUCUACACCAUUUAAGUGGGGACUCCAAAUGUGACUUGGAAAUGUGUUGUUGUUGUUGAUUUUUUUUUUUUACAUAAA